GCUCAUUUGCGAAAACGAGACGAUUUCCUGUUCUGGUUGGUCGGCCAUUUAUUGUAUUAUCUUAUCUUCCAAGAAAGUCCAGGCGAUUUUUCAACACCCCAAGAACUUUCGCUGCAACGCAUACACUAUCUAUUAGAAGGGGUCGAGGAGUAGAGAUUUCACAGUCACAUCCAAAAUGGCUAUGAAGAGAAUCUCAAAAGAGUUAAUGGACCUUCAUAAAGACCCUCCUACUAACUGCUCAGCGGGACCUGUGGGAGAGGACAUAUUCCAUUGGCAAGCGACUAUUAUAGGUCCAGAGGAUAGCCCAUAUGCUGGUGGAUGUUUCAACCUCACCAUACAUUUCCCUACAGACUAUCCAUUCAAGCCACCUAAAGUCUCUUUCUCUACAAAGAUAUAUCAUCCUAACAUAAACAGCAAUGGCAGCAUCUGUUUGGACAUUUUACGUGGCCAGUGGUCUCCAGCUCUCACUAUUUCAAAGGUUCUCUUGUCAAUCUGUUCGCUGUUAACAGAUCCCAAUCCGGAUGACCCUUUAGUACCAGAGAUUGCUCGCAUCUAUAAAACAGACGUUGGCAAGUACAAUGAAACAGCUCGUGGCUGGACACAGCGCUUCGCCCAGUGAUGUUAACCUUGUCGCCCCUGCCCCCUCCCUCACCCUUUUCCCCUCUCCCAACUCCUUCCACCCUGCUUUUCUCAAGGUUACAAAAAAAAAAUGCUCUUGUGAACACAUUAAUAAAAGGAAAAUAGCAUAGUUUAAGAUGAGGAGAAACUCUUGUAAAUGCUGGUACAGUAGUCUACCAAGCAUUCAUUUGUCAAUAUUUCAUUGCGCUACAGUUAUUCUACUUCUGGUCUGUUUGGUUAUAUUAUAACUUUUUGAAAAACCCCUUGACUGCUUACCGUAUGUGCACCCCGCAUGCUAAGGAAAAUUCUACUGUGUGCAAGAUGUCACUUGUCACAAUCUUGAAUCAAGGGUUGUUCACCUUCUAUUAUAAGAUACAGAUUGGUAAAACUUAUCCAAUAGAAAGAUAAAUGAUGAGAUGAAUUUAUCCUUUAACAAGACCUGCAGAGAACGAGCCAUAAUGAUGUAAACAACUUGAAAGCACUUAGACUGGACAAGCUCUCCGAUUCUACACGUUGGCACCGUCUUGUAUGGUGUGUGUGAGAAAGACAAAACAAAUCUCAGGCCACCCGUCAAAUUGUAUAUAUAUCUAUAGACAGAAAAAUAGAGAGAUGGUUUUAUCCACAGACAAGACUCUGGUGGAGCAAGACAUAACAAUAAAAACAAGUAUAAAAUGAUGGGACUGAACAAGCGUUCCGAGUCUAUGUGUCAGCUCCAACACUAUGUAUGUUUAAAAAAAUGACGCAUUUCACUUUGUUUUCGGUUAGAACCCGAGAUUCCUGUCCAAUAAUCAAUAUGGCCUCAUAGCUAAAAUGAUAAGCUUUCCUUCAAGGGAUGUCCUUCUCUUUGUUCAAAACUGAAUAGAAUCUGAAAUAUCAUUGAAACGAAACACAAGGUUUAAUGGCUGUAUAAGAUGAAUACGUUUCUGUGCACUGGGUGGUAGAUUAUUGGGACGUAUGAAGUGCGUUUACAGCGCAGUCAAGGGGUUAAUGAGAAAAAAAUUAAGCUAGAGUGUAACAGUUUGCACAUUUUGCUUGUGCAAGCUAUGCAACAAGAGCAAAAAUGCUUUUGAUGUCACAUGAUAUAAUGCGUCUUACUUUCCUCUUUAGCACCAUCACCAAUGAUUGGGGUUUUGAUGUUGGUGGUAAGUUUGAACAACUUGCUACUUCACUUUGCCAGGGAUUCUUCUGUGUGUAUGUGAUGAGUAGCAAUUGGAGCUCAUGUUCAUCAUAUUUUGGAGAUUUCCAUUCUGUGUUGGCAAGAUAACUAUGCUUUGUUUUAGAUUUACCACAUUGAAUCGGAAAGAUGAGAACAUGGCAAAAGUAAUGCCAAGUCCAGGCUAGAGUUUCUCCCAUUUUCAUGCAUGUCCAUAUGUUUAGCUGUUGUCUAACCCAUAUUUUAUGUUACUCAUUCUUUAAAUGUUUUUGAGUACUUUUUCAUUAUUAACAAACUGAGCAAUUUGUACCAAACUUUCAAAUACCGGUAGUAUUCAACAGGAUAUCUUUAGCCAAGGAAAAUUUUUUGAUUUUUUGAAGAGAUAAGAUCAUGCAAAAUGUGAGACAACUUUGUCUUGUCUGUAAAGACAAAACAUGUUGCAUUACUUAGCGGGCUUGCUGUGUCUACUUAGAGGCAUUGGAUGAAACUAGUAGCCUGGCUGUGUUAGCUUCAUGCUCUGUCCUGUCUACAUGUGUACUUUUUUCCUCAUGAUUAUUUGUCAAUGCCUCCUGCGUGUUUCGUCUUGAACAGAACUGAUCAGUUGUUUCUCAUGUCGAUGGUUGAAAUUCAGUUUUAACUUUCUUGCGGAUAUAGGUAUUUACAGUAAUGUGUGAUGUGUGAUGCUUUCAAAUUGGAGAAAAUGAGCUUGGGGGGAAAAUGUUCAAAGAUGCCUGCAUAAGCAGAGUAUUCCUUUUGCCUUGUAUUCGUUGUUAUUAAAUAAUGCCUUCUGUUUUUCUUUCCAUGUUUUUUCGUUUAUAUAUGUUUGGGUUUGUUUUGUUUUUUAUCUUAGCUUGUUCAGUAAUGUAUGUGUUAUGUACUUCUGUUACUGGCCUAGACAAUCCUAGGUCGGCCUGCCUCAAAAUCUGAAUAUGAGUGAGAUUAGAACUGAAGAUUAUGUCUUUGAAUAUUUUUAGAUUGGUUUGUGAAGUGAGAGAGGCAAGUGCCGAAAGACUGACUGUCUAAUCAUGGUCUUGCUGUCUCAUAAUUUACAGGAUGUUGAAUUUGAAAAAAUCUUAUGUUGCAAUUCCAUGCAAUGUACUGAGGUCUUUGCCUUUGAAUUUGAACAUGAUCUGAGUACAUUGAUUGUAUUCGUAAAAAUUUCCAUGAAAGAGGGCCCCAUGUGUUGUUUUCUUCUCUUCUUUUAGUCAUGUUUCUUUUCUUUUUGUUUCUGCUAUCCUGUUUUUCCUUUGUCAUCCAUGUCCUUAAAUUUACAGAAAUGAGCUAGGGCUUCUCUGAAUGAGUGCAAGAGGAUAAAAGUGUGUGCCUGAAUAGUAUGAAAUGUGUUCUAUGUUGAAGUCCGCUUCAGAUAAUUGUGAGGAUAAAUAAACUUCAAACCUGUAAAUGAUUCGUGACUAAAA